AAAACACAGCUAAAACUCAGGCUGAUAGCUUUCAGCUCCAUGCUAUACUUGCAAGCUCACAGAUUUCGCUCUUUUAUUCUUCAAAAUUCAUAACUGUCAGAGUAUAAAAAUGUGUGAUUUUCAGUAUAAAUGUUCGGGUUUUAGGGGUUCAUUUCCCUAUUUCCCCUCCGCUUGUACUGUGUAAAUAAAUAUGUGUUAUAGAUAAUUUCAUGUAAUUUUAAUCAAUGUAAAUGCACUAUUAGUCUUCCUUCCCGUGUCAAAGGUGUCCACUUGGCAAGUGUACAGGGUGUGAAAUGGGCAAGUUGAUUUAUGAAGCUAAUUUCAUAAUAUGGGGCCCACUUUAUAACAAACUAUUCCCAAAUCAAUGUAUAUUGUGUCAAGAGCAAAUUUGUGUGUAAUAUACGUUAUAAGUUAUUACUGUCUUUAUUGCCAUUUUAUGUAACACCUACUACCCACGAUGUUUAUGCAGUUUUAUUGACUUAAACUCAAAUUAAAGGCAUGAAAAGAGGCAAACUGUGAAAAACCCAACAUGGUGAAUAAUACAAGAGCAGGGUGGCCUCUCUUUUGUCUGAUCUACAGUUUAAUAACCCCAAAAAAAUUUCCUUUCAGACUAAACAAAGAGAAGCAGCAACUUAUCUACAUACAUCUUCGAACUAUGUUCUUUUAUUUAUGGAUACAUGUUUCUCCCAACUAUUUGAUGAAUCAAAAUAAAAAAAAAUAGAUAUAAGCCUUGAUUAAAAUUAGAUUUCAGAAGCGAAAGUCAUGAAACCUGCUCAUUUAGCAAAGGGACGUCGUCAUAUCUGCUUGUCUUACUCCAUCUCUUUGGAUAUCAUCGGUCCCGAUACAUUUCGAGAUGCAUCUGAUUUACUUACUGGUUUCACCGAUUCUUCCUCAAUAACAGUAAAUGAAACUAAGAAGCAAAGGAAAGAAUCUAAGCUGAUUAAACAGUUGGAUAAGCAGAAACAGCAAGAGGCGGCAGAAAGAGAACAACUUGAAAGAUGCCAGAACAAAAAAGGUCGGGGAUACACAGUGAGUGUUGCCGUGCCAGGUUCUGUGCUGGACAACGCGCAAUCCCCUGAACUCCGUACAUACCUGGCUGGACAGAUCGCUCGCGCCUGUGUCGUGUUCUGCGUCGACGAGAUUGUUGUGUUUGAUGAAUAUGGGGAAGAUGUCAAGAGUGUUGAAGGUGAAUUUAAAGGUGUUGGGAAGAAAGGGCAAGCGUGUAUUCAGCUUGCCAGAAUACUUCAGUAUCUCGAGUGUCCUCAGUACCUGCGCAAAUGGUUUUUCCCAAAGCACCAGGAUUUACAGUAUGCAGGUUUGCUGAACCCUUUAGACAGUCCACACCACAUGAGGAUAGACGAGGAGUCAGAAUACCGGGAAGGAAUUGUCCUCGACAGGCCAAGCAAACACGGAAAAGGUUCAUUAGUCAACUGUGGAAUGAGAAAGGACGUUCGGAUUGAUAAACAGCUGCAGUCUGGACUUCGAGUCACAGUACAGCUCAACAACAAGCAAAAGCAAGACAGCAAAAUGUACCAAGGUGUGGUGGUGGCCCCUCAUGUGCCCAGGAUUGAAGGAGGACUCUACUGGGGUUACAGUGUCCGUCUGGCAUCUUGUCUCAGUGCAGUUUUCACAGAAUGUCCGUAUAAAGAAGGAUACGAUGUGACGAUUGGGACUUCAGAGAGAGGCAGCAACAUGGACGAAACCACACUGUCGCCAUUCAAGCAUCUUCUGAUCAUUUUUGGGGGUCUACAAGGGCUGGAGGCCAGUGUGGAUUCUGACCAAAACCUGGAAGUGACUGACCCUAGUGUUUUAUUUGACUUAUACCUGAACACAUGUCCUGGUCAGGGCAGCAGGACCAUUCGCACAGAAGAGGCCAUCUUAAUCUCCAUGUCGGGGCUGAGACAGAAGAUCACAGCUGCCUUUUCAGACGUUUCCAAUGGUUCAUGAAAUAACAAGUGUAUAUGUUUGGUCAUCUAACAGGUUGGAUUGCCAUAAUUGACUAAUCAUACAAAUCUAACUCCACCAAGAGCUGUCAGAUUUCUCUAUUUCUUGUUUAGUAAUUGUGUUGUUUUUUGAAAUCAUCCAACAAAUUGUACAUAUUUAAAUACA